AUGUCGUGGGCUGGAGGCACGGACUCGCAGUCGCUCGCGUUUCUCUGCGCGAGCAUGAACGAUCCGAUGGCUGCUCUAGCGGCGCUUGAUCAACAACACAAUCAGCAGCAGCAGCAGCAGCAGCAGCAGCAGCACCACCAACAACAGCAGCAGCAGCAGCACCAACAACAACAGCAGCAGCAGCAGCAGCAGCAGCAGCAGCAACGCGCGGCGUCCUUUGCGGGAGGAAACCGCCGCGCUUUGUCCGGUUCGCCCGUAGAAGCUCUUGCCACGUCAGCAGCACCUGAUGUACAUAAUUCUUUAGGGUUUGGAGCAGCUGGCUCGGGCGCUAGUAGGUCCGUCCGUGUUGAUCUUCUCCGGUCGAAUGGAUUAGGUUUGGUGCCGAACCUGGCUGCAGGUUUGGGCCCGAGCCUUAUAGCUGGCGCGGCAGGUGCUUGUGUCAACGAUUUGUUGGGCAUGGACGACGCGAGUCUAGCUGCGGCGGUAGCUUCGGGAAAGAUUCCACUCAGGAGCAGCGGGAAUCCCGUUGCGAGCACCAAUGCUGCUGGCACUGCAGCGGCGGCGGCGGCGGCGGCUACAGCCGCUACAGCCGCGAUGCGGAGCGCGCUUGCUAGCAGCGCUACUGCGCGUCGUAGCGGGCUCGGGGGAGGGGCAGGGGGAGCUCUGUCGGGCGCGCGGGGAGGAAUGGGCGCAGUCGCGCAGCUGAACGGGGACGGGGGAAGGUUCGAUGUCGGAGGGGCGCAGCAGCAGGCGGCGGAGUUUCUCCUGGCUGGGGGGACGGCGGCGCAGCAGGUGGAUUUCCGCAUGGGCGGGGGGGCGGCGCAGCAGCAGGCGGACUUUCUCCUGCUCCAGGAGCUGGCGGGGCAGCAGGCGGCAUUGCUGGGGGGAGCACAACUGGCGGGGGGAUUUCCAGGAGACGUCGCACCCCUCCCCACCUCCCUCUUCUCCUCCCCCGCCUCCUCUCCACGCACCCCUCCCCACCUCCCUCCUCUCCUCUUCCGCCGGUCUUCAGUCGACAUCUCCGCGUUUUACGGCGGGGGCGGGGAGGCGGCGCGCGCGUCGAUGGCGGAGAUGGAGGCGAAGGCGCUGGCGCAGUCGCGCUCGCACAGCGAGGCGGAGCGGCGGCGCAGGGAGCGCAUCAACCAGCACCUCGCGACGCUGCGCGCGCUCCUGCCCAGCUCUAGCAAGUGGGCGCUGCACGCGGAGAGGAAGGUGUGUAAAGGGUACUCUUCCUCAUUCACCCUGUUCUGCCCUCUCUCUCUCCCCCCAACCUCUCCCCCGUUCCUCACGUCCCCCACGGACAAAGCAACCCUUCUAGGAGAGGUGGUGGACGUGCUGCGAGCUCUGCACGCGGAGAGGGAGAGGCGCGGACAAGGCGACACUGCUAGGCGAGGUGGUGCACGCGGAGAGACGUGUGCAGGGCACUUUAUCCUCCUUCCCCCUGUUCCCUACCCUCCUUCCGCCCCCUCUUCUUCCCCCCAUUCAGACGGACAAGGCGACACGGAUAAAGCAACACUCCUAGGCGAGGUGGUGGACGUGCUGCGAGCUCUGCACGCGGAGAGGCAUGCGGAGGGGGAGGGGGAGGCGGAAGGGGAGGCGGGGGCGGGGGGAGGGAUGGGGGGAAAGGGGUUUGGAGCGGUACCGAGGGAUGUGGAUGUUUUAGAGGUGGAGGAGGUGGUGGGGACGGUGGGGGAGGAGGGGGUGAGAGAGGGCGGUGGGGCGGUUAGGGGGGAAGGCGGGGAAGGGGGAGGAGAGGGGGAAGGGGGGGAGGGGGUGGAAGGUCGUGGAGAGGGGAGUGGCGGAGGGCGGAGAAAGGGUGGGGGAAAGAGGGGGGGGAGCUGUGAGGGUGGGGAGGAGGGCGGAGGGAGGAAGAGGAGGAAAGGGGAGUGCAGGGAGGAGGGGGGUGGUGGUGGGGGAGGAGAAGGGGAAGGGGGGGCGGGAGAGGGAGAGGGGGGAGGAGGAGAGGAGCUGAUUCGGUUUGUGGUAUCGUGUGAAGAUCAUCCCGACCUGCUGGCAUCACUCAAGAAAGCGAUUGAUGUGCUGCGCCUGCACGUGCGAGCACUGGAAACAGCCUCCUGCAGCAACCGAGUCACCCAUCAAAUGCUCCUCUCUAGGGACCCUCCUCCCGAGUCAGACGAGCCGCUGCAUUCCUCCCGCCCCUCCUCUUUCUCCCCACUCCCCUCCUCCUCCUCCCAUUCUGCCCCUGCUGGUGGUAGCAGCCCGCUCAAUUCGGGGGGGUUGGGAGCGGUGGAGGGGGGUGGGAGCAGCCGUAGCAGGGAGAGGGAGAGGGAGAGAGAGAGGGAGAAAAGUGGGGCAGAUUGGAGGAAGAAGGGCAGGAAAGAGCCUACGGUGGAAGUUAUCCGGGCAGCUUUGCGGGCAGCUGUGGAGAGGGCCCGGGCAGCAGCGGCCAUGACUGGUGCUGUGGCUGGUAGUUUGCCUGGAGUUGGGGAGGGUUCAAUUGACGCUAAAAUAUCUCCUGAUUCUACCCCUGCUGCUAUUGCUGCCACUGCUGCUGAUGUAGCUGCUGCUGCUGGCAUUGUUGCUAACGGCAAUGCUGCUGUCGCUUCUGCCGCUGCGACGGCGGCAGUGACUCAUGGUGCUGGUGUUGAUACGGUUAGGUGCGGUGAUGGUGGUAGGGGCAGUGGUGAGGGUGGUGGGAUGCAACUGUGGGGAGGAGGGGAAGAAGGGGAAGUAAGGGAAGGUAAGGAAGGUAAGGAAAGGCAGGAAGGGCAGGGAGUGUGUGAGAAGGAGAGACAACAGGAUCAGCAAGAGCAGCAGCACCAGAUGCAGCAGCAGGAGCAACAUCGUCACUUGCAUCAGCAGCAGCAGCAGCAGCAGCAGCAGCAGCAGCAGCAGCAGCAGCAGCAGCAGCAGCAGCAGCAGCAGCAGCAGCAGCAGCAGCAGCAGCAGCAGCAGCUAGGUGAAGAGGAGCAGACAGAGACUCGUGUGAAUUCUCUGAUUCGGCUGCAGCAGCUGCAGAUGCAGCAGCGGUUUCAACAGCACCAGCAAAUGCUUUUAAGGCGGAAGCAGCAGCAGCAACAGCAACACCAGCAGCAGCAACAGCAACCACAGCAGCAGCAACAGCAGCAACAGCAGCAGCAACAGCAGCAGUCUUUGGACUCUCUUUCAAAAUCCUUUUGA